AUGACAAGUCUGGACAAAUCGAUGGCCGACAUUGAGGUCUCUGCAGCUCUCGAUGCACUUUCCAUUGCAUACGAAAAACAUGAACAUCGUGAAAUACCUACAACGGAAGAUGUGAUUGAAGUUCUGUCGCAUUUACCGGGCCUAUCGACCAAGAAUCUCGUGUUUAAAGAUAAAAAGGAGGGGCUAUUUCUUGUGUCAGCUGCAUCGAGUACCGUCGUGGACACAAAAAAACUCGGUACACAACUUAAUGCUGCUGGUAUUGGUGGUAAGAAAUGGAACCUUCGAUUUGCCUCCGAGGACGUGCUGAACACGACGCUUAAGGUCACAAAAGGGUCAGUCUCACCUCUCUGUGUCAUGCACGAUUCCAAGAAUGAAGUACAUCUUGUACUGGACAAGGCACUUCUGGACACAACGCAGAUCAAUUGCCAUCCAUUACGCAAUGAUCAGACGUAUAGUAUCAAGUCGGAGGAUCUGCUGAAGUUUGUCAAACAUUACAACCACGAGCCUAUUGUCAUAGACUUUGCUGCUCAAAUGGACGAGUCUGCUGCAGUAGCUGCUCCUGUGCCUGCUGCUGGAAAAGCUGAAAAGGCGAAGAAAGAGGACAAGAAGAAGGUUGUCGAGCAAAAGACCAAUGAAGGCAUGUCGGUUACUAAGAAGGAGAAUUUUGCUGACUGGUACACGGACGCAAUUACCAAGUCAGGCAUGAUUGACUACUACGACGUGUCUGGCUGCUACAUUCUACGCCCUUAUUCGUAUGAGAUCUGGGAACGUGUGCAGCAGUUUCUUGACCGCCAUCUCAAAGCUAUUGGCGUUAAGAACUGCUACUUUCCCAUGUUCGUGACCAAGGAAAAGCUCCAGCGUGAGAAGGAUCACUUGGAGGGUUUUGCACCUGAAGUGGCUUGGGUCACCAAAUCCGGCAGCUCUGAGAUGAAAGAUCCCAUUGCUAUCCGUCCUACUAGCGAGACUAUCAUGUAUCCGGCCUUCAAGAACUGGAUCCGUAGCCACCGUGACCUGCCUAUGAAGCUCAACCAAUGGAACAAUGUCGUACGUUGGGAGUUCAAGAAUCCCACGCCGUUCAUCCGUACGCGCGAGUUUCUAUGGCAAGAAGGUCACACGGCACAUGCUACCAAGGAGGAGGCCGACGAGGAGGUGCGUGCUGUGCUGGACUUCUAUGCGGCAUGUUACGAGGAACUGCUCGCUGUGCCCAUGGUCAAGGGCAUUAAGACCGAGAAGGAGAAAUUUGCUGGUGCCGACUACACCACGACGAUUGAGGGCUUUAUUCCCUCGACUGGCCGUGGUAUUCAGGCCGCUACGUCGCACAUGCUUGGUCAGAACUUCGGCAAGAUGUUUGGCAUUGCAGCUGAGUAUGAGGACGGCAAGAAGCUGAUCCCGUGGCAAAACUCGUGGGGCUUUACCACACGUUCGCUGGGUGUCAUGAUCAUGGUGCACGGCGAUGACAAGGGACUGGUGCUGCCACCACGUGUAGCGCCCACCCAGGUCAUUGUGGUGCCGAUUCUGUUCCAGGACCGAGACGAGAUAGAUGAGAUCGUCGCGAAGGCCGACGAGAUUGUUGCCAAGCUGGCCGACGCGGGUAUCCGUAUUGAGGCGGACAAACGUCGUGUGUACACUCCCGGUUGGAAGUACAACCACUGGGAGCUUAAGGGUGUCCCACUCCGUUUUGAGGUUGGUCCGAAGGAUAUCGCAAAGAAGCAGGUGCGCGUUGUACGUCGUGACAAUGGGGCCAAGGAGGAUGUCCCUGAGACCGAGCUGGCUUCUCGUAUCCCGGCUCUUCUUGAGCAGAUCCAGCAGGACAUGCUCGAACGUGCUACUGCUCAGCGUGACAGCCAGAUACGUGAGGUGACAGACUGGAAAGAUUUCAUGCCUGCUCUCCAGGAUGGCUGCAUGGUGUUGACUCCGUUUUGCAAUGAGAUUGAGUGGGAGGAAAUCGUCAAGACCAAGUCUCGCGAGGAGUCACUGACUCUUAUGGGGUUGGAAGAGGAGGCCGAUAAUACGGCCACAAGCGCUGCUGCCAAGACGCUAUGCAUCCCGUUCACGAAGAAUGAGGAGAGCCCUGUUACUGCUGAAACCAAGUGCUUUAUCAGUGGCAAGCCAGCGAAGUGCUGGGUGCUCUGGGGUCGUAGCUACUAG